AUGGCUUCAUUUCAUAUUCGUUCAAUCAGUCUGCCAUCUAGAUCUCAUCCAAUAACUGUAAGUUUAGAGGAGCAGAUUUACAAGCUAAACGCGUCACAAUCAUCCUUAUCAUUAGGCCAAAAAUUGAGUGGCUUAAAAGAGUUGUUCGAGUGUGUUGAUGAUUUUCUUCAACUAGCACUCACCCAACAAUCUCUUUCCCAUGAGAACUCUGUAGAAGAGGCAUUGAAUGGAUCUUUGAGUUUGUUGGAUAUAUGCGGCAAUACGAGAGAUUUUUUCUCACAGAUGAGGGAAUGUCUCCGGGAACUUGAAUUAUCUCUUCGGAGAAGUAGAAACGGAGUUGAGGCAUACAUGAAACAAGACAAGAACAGCAAAAGCAACUCAGAAUCGGCGGAUAUUGCAGUCUUGCUAAAAAGUGUAGAGGAAAUUAGUAUUUCAAUGUUUGAAUCCAUCUUAUCUUUUAUUUCUCCACCAAAGUCAAAAUCAAAGCUCUCCAUUUUCUCAAAACUUCUGCAACCAAAGACCGCGCUACGCGGAGAGGAAGUUGAAACCAAUGAAAUCGAGAAGAUCGAUACUGAAUUACUCAUAUUCAAGUCCAACACUCAAACAACAAAUAUGUUGAAAGAAUUGGUGACAUUGGAGAUGAACCUUAAAGAAGCAGAGGAAGAAUUAGAGUGUGUUUACAGAAGAUUGUUGCCAUAUAAAACUACGACGUUCCAUUUUUUUUCAAAUCGUCAACGGAGGCUGAAUAUCGAGCCAUCUCCACUACAGUUUAUGAGCUGUAAUGGGUACUCUCAUAACUUCAAGAACUACACAUUACUUUUAAUUCUUGUCCGAUUAUCUGGUGUGAUAGUUUCAGUGCCACCUAUCUCACCACAACUCCCAUUUUUCACUCCUGGUCCAAGCAUUUAG